AUGACGUCUACUGGCAAACUUCGCCCUGUGAAUCUCGACGAGGUGGACGAGACCACCGGCUUCAAGACGGCGGAGCUGGCGGUGUGGACGCAGUACGACACGACGUACCUGCAGCGGCCGGAGGAGGACCGCGAGGCGGCGGACGUGGACGCGUGGGCCGACGGCUUCUGCGAGGCGAUGGAGGCGGCGGGGCUGCAGUACCCCCGGGCGUUUGUGCGGUCCGUCUGCGUGCUCGGCAUCUACGCCGGGCUGCGGGAUGAGUUCCAGCAGCGCACCGGCUCUGGGCGGGCGGUGUACCCAAACGGGGAUCGCUACGAUGGGGAGUUCUUUGAGGGAAAGAAACACGGCACCGGUCGCUAUGUGUUUGUCAGCAGGGGGAAAAGUGAGUGUGAUAGAAUCGUAGAGAAGGAACUGCAACGGCGAGAUGAGUCGCAGUCAGAUGAGGCAUUUAUUAGCAGUGUGGCAGAGAAGUAUAAACUCAGUCAACAGAUUGUGGCAUGGGUACUGGAGUAUGGAUUUCACCCAUGUUAUCAUGGGGACUAUGUACGAGGGAAGCGUACAGGGCAGGGACUGAUGAAGAAUAAAGAUGGUACCGUCUACAAGGGAGAGUUUGUUGAAAAUAAAAGGGAAGGACAGGGAAUGUUUUACUACUUGAAUGGAGAUAUUUUUUCAGGAACUUGGAAGAAUGGAUUAAAGCAUGGUUAUGGAACAUAUCAUUUUGUAGGAGGUAAUGAAUACCGUGGCUCUUGGGUCGAUGGUGUGUUCACACAAGGUCAAUGGAUCUUCCCAGAUGGUACAUAUUAUGAAGGAUUAUUUAAUAAAAAGAACAGACCCUGUGAUGAUUGUGCUACCAUGCACUAUCCAAGUACUAAAAUGGUUCAAACUGGUGUCUUUAAACGUGGAAUUUGGGCUCCUUCUAGUGAACUCAUGGUGUGUGGAGAGACACCCAUUGAUGGAAUGACUUGGACCGAUUAG